CUUGUAUUCUCAACACAGGUCUUCGCUGGCAUGUGAAAGCAGCUGGAUUAUAUGUAUUUUGUCGAGGAAUAUAAAACCUAAACGACUCCUUCGAUGGGGAGUCAUACGCACAAAUACCGGCACUCCCAAGAAUGACGGAGCCGAAUGAAGCCAAGGUUCAAGUCCUCUUGGACAUCAUCAACUCCUCCGCACACCAAGCAAUCGCGGAAUACAAGAAAACCGGUCAUGGAGUCCCUGCUAUUGACGCAGAUACCCUACACCCCCUCGACUUCGCGACAGAUGCAGUUGCCCUCAGAAAGGCAAUCAGGCUACUCGAGGGUGCAUGCGAACAAUUGAACACCAUACUGGCUCCCCCCCAACACACGGCAUAUAAUUUUGUGAAUAAUUACAACUGGGCGUGCGUAGACGUCGCCUUGCAAUCACGUAUUGCAGACGUCUUGGACAAACACCCGCAAGGUCUUAGUGUGGAUGCGUUGGCUAAUGCAGUCGACCACGGUAAGACCAAGAUCGCACGCGUCUUGCGAGUUUUAGCCCUCAGAGGUUGUUUCAAAGAAGUUAAGCGAGACGUAUUCGCAAACACGCGACUCUCCCUCGUGCUCAAGUCAACAAACAACGUCGCGGCUUAUAUGGGACAAUUCCCAAAAUAUGCUGCGGCUCUCUAUGGGACUAUGAUGGACAAAGAGUUUGCAAAAUCAGGCGAGGUUGAAAAACCCCCUCGAGCAUCUAAUGUCAGAAAGGAAGGCAAAGAGGACAGCUUCUGGGAGAUGGGCGGUGAGAGACUCGAUAUAUUUCACAGAGGCAUGGUGGGCUAUUCUGAGAUCCAGUGCUCGUCUGCGGUGUUGCAUUAUUACCCUUGGGACAAUGUAUCCUCUGUGGUGGAUGUCGGAUCUGGAACGGGAGCCAUGUCCAUUCCUCUGGCGAAAAUGUUCCCUAAUCUCAGAAUCACCAAUCAGGACCUCCCAGGAGCUUUAGAGAUGGCAAGAAAUAUAUGGGAGAAGAAUGCUCCUGAGGCGCUGCUCGGCGGGCACAUAGAGUUCGUGCCAUUGAAUUUCUGGGAGGAGUCACCCGUUGUCGGAAAGGAUGUCUACUAUUUGAGGAACAUCAUUCACGACUGGCCGGACAAUGAGUCGAUGAUGAUUCUCCAUAAUAUUCGCAAAGUAAUGGGACCAAACAGCCGAGUGUUGAUUCAUGAGUGCGUGCUCUUGCGCAAAUUCGAAGAGCCUGAUGUAGGGGCUAAUGAGUUUAGUAAGGAUCAUGAGGCACCCGAAAAUACAUUAUUGAAUUUCGGCAGUCACACAACACACCAGCUUGACCUGCUUAUGUGGCUUUCUUUCAAUGGCAAGGAGCGAACCAAGAAUGAAUUCAAGAUUAUUGCGGCCAGUGCAGGUCUAGCGCUCACCCAAAUCUAUGAUCUUGUAGGGACGAUGCUCUUGGAGUUUAGAAUUGCUCAGGACUGAUGCCGAGUACAAUCUGUUAUUGUACUUUUACCCUCCCCAAUC